CGCGCCGCGCUUCGCCUCCCGGUGUCCCCCGCAGGCAGACCCCCGCCAUGGGCAACACGAGCAGCGAGCGCGCCGCGCUGGAGCGGCAGGGCGGCCACAAGACGGCGCGGAGGGACAGCUCCGGGGGCGCCAAGGAUGGGGACAGGCCCAAGAUCCUGAUGGACAGCCCCGAGGACGCCGACAUCUUCCACUCGGAGGAGAUCAAGGCUCCAGAGAAGGAGGAAUUCCUGGCCUGGCAGCACGAUCUUGAAGUGAAUGAUAAAGCCUCCGCCCAGGCCCGGCCAACUGUAUUUCGAUGGACAGGGGGUGGAAAAGAGGUCUACUUGUCUGGAUCCUUCAAUAACUGGAGCAAGCUUCCCCUCACGAGGAGCCAGAAUAACUUUGUCGCCAUCCUGGAUCUGCCCGAAGGAGAGCACCAGUACAAAUUCUUUGUGGACGGUCAGUGGACGCACGAUCCUUCCGAGCCAAUAGUAACCAGCCAGCUUGGCACAGUUAACAACAUCAUCCAAGUGAAGAAAACUGACUUUGAAGUGUUUGAUGCUUUAAUGGUGGAUUCCCAAAAGUGCUCCGAUGUGUCUGAGCUGUCCAGCUCCCCGCCGGGACCUUACCAUCAGGAGCCUUACAUCUCUAAACCAGAAGAGCGGUUCAAGGCCCCGCCCAUCCUCCCCCCACACCUGCUACAGGUCAUCCUGAACAAGGACACGGGCAUCUCCUGUGAUCCAGCGCUGCUUCCAGAGCCCAACCACGUCAUGCUGAACCACCUGUAUGCACUCUCCAUCAAGGAUGGAGUGAUGGUGCUUAGUGCAACCCACCGGUACAAGAAAAAGUAUGUCACCACCCUGCUCUACAAGCCCAUCUGAGAUGCUGAGAGCCAGCCAUGGACCACAGGGACAGCAGGCAGCGCUGGGCUCUCCACGUGCAUGCAGACCCUCACUUCACUCUCUGGGACAUCUCACCCCUCCCUAGGUUCGUCCAGACACAGUUCUAGAAGAGUCUAGAAAUGGGAAGGGAUGGCUGCCUGCAGUCCCAGAACUGCAGUGCACGAGACCAGUGUGCUCCAGACAUCAUCCCCUCAGCUGGCCAGAGACGUCUGAAGCCAGACCUGAAUGCUAGCACCUUGCUAGUAAAGACUGGGGAGCAGGGGCUGAAGCCUCACAAAAGCCCGCUUGUCUGCAUCCAGGGUCGACAGCCUGUCCCUGCUGAAGCCUGGGCGUGGACAUAAGCAAUAUUCAGUCUUGCCUGUCCUUCCAAAUCAAAGCAGUAGAUUGUAGGAUCUAUGGGAACUCAGAUGUCUGAUUUCCAGAUGAAGCUUUGCAAUCGUUGCCCGACACUGUGUGCACUAAGGACCUUUUUUUAACUAGAGUGGCUGGCUGUCCAGUCCUACCUAAGGCAAUAAGUCACCCAGAUGAGGCUGUAGAUCAUGUGACUACACUCAGCAAUAAUUGUACUCAACACAAACUUCAAAACCCACUGCCGUAUUCUCCAUUAAAUUGAAUGAUCCUGAGGACUGGCCAUCGUAAGGUUGUUCACGCCUCCCUUCAACUGUAACAGUGACAGGGUUACCGUGACAGCUUUUCAGUUCCAGCACGAGCUGUUCAGCUGGGGACCAGUGUCUCUAGUGAGCGAAGGAUGUCAGUGGCUGCUAUUGCUAGUUCUAAAAGAACUUGAACCCCUAUAACGGCCUGAUAGAGUCCCACCAGGACAGUGUCCUAGGGAUUAGUAUGAAUGACACUCAUCUUGGUUUCCAUGGUGAUGCCACUGAUGUGCCCAUUGGUAUAGGUUCCUGUCACCUGUCAGCAGAAGUUACCAUUAUGUCCUUUUUCUUGCUAGAGAGGUGGGAACAAGCUCAGUGAUGUCCAGUACUUGGCCAACCUGAGUUUGGGUACCAUUUGUUACUGUUUUCAAAACACUGAAUUGCUGUCAUCUUGAUGUGUAAGUUUCAAUAAAGAUUUGUAAAACUAA